AUGGCUCCCAAGAAGAAGAAGGAACUUGACCAGGACGAACGGUUCCAGGCCAUCGUGCUCACCGACUCGUUCUUCUCGCGGUUCAUGCCGCUCACUGCUGUCACUCCUAGAUGUCUUUUGCCGUUGGCAAACGUGCCCCUCAUAGAGUACACUCUUGAAUUCCUCGCCAAAGCUGGCGUCAACGAAGUGUAUGUGAUGUGUUCCUCCCACGCUGACCAAAUCCAAAAGUACAUCGACAGCUCCAAGUGGACCCACAGCAGCUCGCCUUUCACCAUCACCACCGUCAUGUCACUCGAGGCUCGUUCGGUGGGGGAUACCAUGAGAGACCUUGAUAAUCGAGGCCUCAUCACCGGUGAUUUCUUACUUGUGUCGGGCGACACCGUCACCAACAUCGACUUCAGCGCUGCUAUGGCGUUCCACCGCCGCAAAAAACAACACGACAAGGAGCACAUUCUCACGAUGAUUCUCACGCCGGCCCUGCCCUACCACAGAACCCGGUCCCAGAUCGACCUGGCGGCCUUUGUGUUGGACAGAAAUACCGACAGAUGUAUCUACUACCACUCAGUGCCUCCGCCAAACCUUCCUCAGACGUCGGUGGGACUUGAUCCCGAUUUACUCGAGGAUGUGGACGAGCUUAUUUUGCGCAACGACUUAAUCGACUGUCACAUUGACAUCUGUACGCCGUUAGUGCCCCAGAUCUUUCAGGAUAACUUCGACUACCAGUUGUUACGGAGUGACUUUGUCAAGGGGGUUUUGACGUCCGAUUUGGUCAAAAAAACCGUGUACGCCUAUUUGACCAAUGGAGAAGAGUAUGCGGCCCGAGUCACCAGUUUCUUGACCUACGAUGCGGUGGCCCAGGACGUAAUACUGAGGUGGUGCUAUCCAGUCGUACCGGAGGUCAACUUGAUGCCGUCUCAUAGCUACUCAUACCAGUUCAAUCAUAUUUACAAGGAAGAUAAGGUUAUUUUGGCCCAGAGUUGUAAAAUCGGUAAUUGUACGGCCAUUGGCAACGGCACUGAGAUCCUUGACGGGCUGUCGGUGUCACGGUCUACCAUUGGGCGUAACUGUAAGAUCGGGAAGAAUGUAAGCAUCACCGACAGUUACAUCUGGGAUGGAGUGGAGAUCGCUGAUAACUGUGUGAUCCACAAGUCCAUUCUCGCCUAUAAUGUCACCGUGCACAGUGACGCCGAGAUCGUGGGCAGUGUCGUGGGCCACCAUGUGACGGUGGGCCGUGGCCGGCGUCUUGCCGUAAACUCUCGGUUGGUGGAAACCCCCAUUGAACGAGAAUCGGCUGGCCUUGACAGCUUUUCAGACGACGAACGCGACCAGGAGGUAAGUCCUUCUGUGGCAGUUGUGGUAAAUGACAUAGAUGUUGUGGGUGUGGAUGGAGUUGGGCAUUUGUAUGUAUCAGAGUUUGAAGAAAACGACAGUGAGGAUAGUGAUAGUGAAUUCGAAAACACUGGAAGCACCGACAAAAUGGGCACCAAGAUGUACCAGAGCUUCAAGCUUCUCAACAUCUCCGAUGACUCAAUCGCAUCGGUGUCAAACAAGAAGAGACGGCGGAAGACCAGACGAUUCUCAUCCAAUUCUGUCAUGUCCACCGACUUUGAGCGUGGCGAGUUGAGCGAGGAAGAGGAAGAUUUCGCCAAAGAAGCCGUCGAUACCGUCACUCGUUCCAUCGAGAACAACCAUGACCUCGACACGGCCCUAUUAGAGUUGAACACGUUGCGGAUGUCAAUGAAUGUUUCUUAUCAUGAGGUUCGGGCUGCUACCGUCGAAGCGUUGACCCGCCGCAUUGGGCACUUCAUCAGUACCGGGACCUUGGGAAGUAAAGAAGCCACUGUAAAGGUGUUCAAAAGUUGGGGUCCACUAUUCAAUCGUCAACUCUUUGAACCCAAAGACCAGGUCGACUUAUUGAUGCUUUUGCAAUCGACUUGUGCUUCUGGUGGUUACGGUGGGGGUUUUGAUGGUCAGGUGGUGUUGUUCUGGGCCAUCAGAACCUUAUACGACGAUGAUAUCGUGGAGGAGGACCGGAUAUUACAGUGGUGGAACAGUGAAGAGAGUGCAGCCAGUGCAGAUAUUCGUGGGGCCACUGUGAGGUUUAUCGAGUGGUUGCAAGAGGCAGAAGAGGAAAGUGACUAG